AUGUUACAUUGUUUUAUAUACUUAUCCACUCUAGUCGUUGCUUCUAGUCAUGGAUUCGAGGUUCAUAAAUUGAUGACACCUGAUGAAGUACGCCGUGUAUUUCAAUCUGAACAUGACAACGUGCCUCAGUACGAAGUAGCUCAAGUUGCUUAUGCAAUUCACGAAAAAAGUCAAAUAAAUUCAAUUCAUAAGAUAUUGCAUUUGAAAAGCUCCACUCGUGAUAUCAAGUUAUAUUUGGAACCUACAGAGGGUUUCUUAGCUGGAAAACAUACCCCAAUAUGGAAAGCACAAGGAGAUCUUUCAUCCCCUUCAGGGAUAAAGUACACUCGAAUAUCAAAUGCUAUGAAAGGGGCAGGCGGUCAUUUUUACCAAGAUCCGUACAACUUGGCUGCUUUGUAUAGUAGGACUGAUGAGCAUGGUCAAGUACUCUAUGAAGGUACGAUCGGUGACGAUCUUGUUAUUCGCGCUCUUCCGAAGAGAUUUCAGGCAUUAUCAAGAGAAAAGCGCAGUGUUUCCGAUGAUUAUUUUGCUUUUUCAAAUCGCACGGUUACUCAUCCUAAUCUCAGAAAGACUUACGAUCACAUAUUAUACAAGAACAAGCAAUUAAAUCGUGAUGGAAUACGAGAAAAAAUUGGAUCAGACAUUUUUGAAGAAGCAUUCUUCAGACAAAAGCGUUCAAUAUAUAUUCAACCUCCAAAGACUGUAUAUCCGCAAAUUCUAGUUAUUAUUGAUUACAGCCAUUUUCAAUCUCUUCAAACAAUCUCUGAAGUUAGAAGAUAUAUUGUAUCAUUCUGGAAUGCUGUUGAUUUGAGAUACCGUGUGUUUGUUAAUCCUAAGAUUCGCUUGAAUAUUGCUGGAAUUAUUAUUGCGACGGAACCUAAUGGAUUGCCCUUCUUAAAGAAUCAACGUACGCGACCGUUUUAUGGUCCCAUCGUUGAUGCUGAUAGCGCUUUGGAUCGAAUGGGACGUUACUUUUACUCAGAAUUUAUCAAUCCAAAAUUGAGAAGAUUUGUUAUCGAAAGAGAUUUCGAUAUUGCAAUAACAAUGACGCAAUUAAACUUGUGCAAUUACGAGAAUAAAGAUACAGAUUUUGACUGCACCACUUUAGGUUACGCUUUUCGUAAUGGUGCAUGCACGGUAAGUCCAUUAGCACAGGUAGUAAAAGCUGUUGGACUGAUUGAAGAUAAUGGUGGCUACAUCGGUAUAGUACCAGCAGCUCAUGAAAUCGGCCACUUGCUAGGAUCUCACCACGAUGGGUCCGAAGUGGAUGACCUAGAAAAUCCAAAAUGCCCGCUAAGUGAUGGAUACAUUAUGGCCGGACAACUCACGCUAACCAAAAAUGUCUUCCGAUGGUCUUCGUGCAGCAUGAAGGACUUUGACAUCUUUUUCCAUCAUCCACGGUCCAACUGUUUAUUCGAUGAACCAAAAUACAGUAGACCAGUUCGUCGCGUUUUACCCGGCAGAAUCUAUUCUCUCGAUGAGCAAUGCGAUAGAAUAACAGGAACUAGAGCUUGCAACAAAGACGAAAGUGCUUGCAUACACUUGGAUUGUUUUAUUCCUGGGUCUAAUGGCAAAUGUUUUUCAAAAGUACCUGCUGCUGAAGGUUCCGAUUGCGGCCAUCAUCACUAUUGUAUCAAUGGGAAAUGUAUCGCAAAGAAUACAACACAAGUUCUAUUGGAACCGUCGGAUACAAGUGACUUAAUAGAUUACGGAGAUAUUGAAGUUAUAUACGAAUAAAUGAAGACUUGAUA